AUGGCAAAUAGUGGACCAUCUCUCGAUUGGGCAAUAUCGCAAGGUGCAAAUGCAAUCGAAAGUGAUCUUCAUUUCGAUAAUAACGGAGACCCUACACAUUUUGACCAUGGUGGUAUUUGCGAUUGUAUCUGUGCUGUUGAUGACAACCAUAUAUGUAAUACUGUUCAGACUGAAUGUGAAGGGCUUGGAGCUAGUGAAAAUGCCAUAACUCAUGUGCAACAUAUUGCGCGACUUCGAAGUGUUGCUCUUGUUUUUAUCGAUUCCAAAGUGGAUGCGAAUAUGGGAGCUACACUCACUAAAGCUGGCUCUGCCAUCAUUCCUUUCUUAGACAAAUAUCUUUUUGCCAAUGGUUACCAAGGACAAGUCAUAAUUUCAUCAGCAAAAAUUGACACAUAUAAUUACCUUCGAGCAGCAGCAACGACAUCAAAGUCUUCACCAAAUAUGGCACGUUAUUUCUUCACAUUCGAUCAAGAGGCUGAUAAUUAUGCUGGUGUGAUGACAAUACUUUCUCGUUUUACAAACAAUCGAGUCUACGGAACUGGUAGUUCUUCUUGUAUUUGGACAACAUUUUAUUCUGGUAUAAAAGCUAGUGUUGCAGGUGAACGAAAUGGUGAACAUGGUAUGACAUACAUUUGGACUUUAGACAAGAAAUCAUCCAUGCAAGAAUACAUAAAUCUCGGUGUGCAAGGGAUCAUGACAAAUCGAGUUGCUUCACUUAAAAAUUUAACAAUUUCAAUGGAUUUAAAAAUUGCUCAGCCUUCGGAUACUAUUCCUAUUUCGAUUACUCCUAUUUCAUCAAAACAUGAAUGUGAUUGUGACUAUCAGCAUGAUGGUUGUGUAAUUUCAAUGCCUCCACCAAAGAAUACAGCAUGUAAAUGUACUAAACGAUUGUUGGGUUGCGAUGGUAGUGUUGUUCCAUGCAGUAAUCCGGAUAGCCCAUAUUGUGUUGAUCCUGAUUUGUCUUCUGAUACGUGCGCUUUAGGUGGUGGCAAUUGUAAAGGAUAUCAGAGCUGUGAUUGUCAAUAUGUCUUCAAAGGAUUGUUUAAACCAAGUGGCUGUAAAAUCAUCAAAGCCACGAUUUCCAAGUUUGCCUGUAGAUGUCAGCAUGAGAGUGCCCUGAGUUGUUCUGGUUAUCCCGUACCAUGUGAUACUUCAAACUCAAAAUGCGUCAAUCCUGAUCGAUCGAAAGAAUCUUGCAUGUUGGGUGGAGGCAAUUGUAAUGGAUAUUAG